ACUUCAAUUUAGUGACUUCGUUUUUUUCACUUUACCCAUUUAGUGAAUUAUAGUUAUGUUAUUAAACGAUUUACCUGAUGAUUGUCUCUGGUUGAUCUUUGACAAAUUUUUCAAAUUAGAAGAGUUGAUUCAAUUGUCUAAAGUUUGUUCAAAAUGGUCCAAUUUGAUUUCCAUACGACUCAAAAAAGUUAAAUAUCUGGUAAAUUGGUUCGAUGUUCAUAAACACGAUUAUUCCAAAAUAUGGAUGGAGAAUCCAAAUACUUUGUCUGAUUACAAUCUUCAAGAGCUUUUACCAAAUCUCAGGAUUGUCAAUUUCCCUUUUGUUUCCGUUGGACAGGCGUCUCACGCGGUCGAUGUCAGAAAAGUGGUGAAUGAUAAUCCGAAAAUAAAAGGAUUAAUUCGAAUCAAUAGUCGCGAUUCUGAUUCAUUCAAUGGGCACAACUUGGAGAAUAUCGAAAUGAUUUCGAUGAAAUCUCUGGAUUUUGAUUACAAAAAAAUCUUUCGACCUGAUCAGUUGAAACAAAUCCACUUGUACGAUGCUUCCAUUGACGAGCUUCCUAAAUGCGCUGAAUAUUUUCCAAAUUUGAAGCGACUCAAUAUUUCGUUUUGUGGAGGAGAAGUAGAUUACUAUGGCCCAGAAUUUACCAAUCUCAAGAUUCUUGAACUUAAUUCAUAUCAAGAGUAUGGUACUUAUAACGGAGUUCGUUUGAUGGACUCUUGUCCUUAUCUUACGAGCGCUUUUAUGAGACUUCCAAUAGGAAAUGUUAAUACUGAUGAAGCUAAAAGGAACUAUAAUCUGAAGGAUUUGGUUAUUGAUCUGCCAAUGAGAGAAUUUCCUAAUUUCACUUGGUCACACUUGCGAAAACUGUUGUCCAAAUAUCCAAAUUUACAAAAUCUUGCUAUCAGAAAAAGUGAAGGUAUUGGGGAUAAUCAUGUAGAAAAAUUGGUUCGAUUAUUAUCAGAGAUAAAACUAUUAGACUUGAGAAGUUGUGAAAAUGUUACUGGAAAAUCAGCUGAUUUCUUGUCUAAAUUCUGUCUUAAAUCCAAUCGAUCAAUCAAAAUCUAUUAUGAUUGUGAAAAGGAACCGGACGACUGGCCCAAAUACGAUACUCCUCGAGAAUCAAUUGUCUAUGGAUUCAAUUUCAUGAAACAUUGUUUUUAUAAAUCUUUUAGCUCCCUUCCGAACCGCUUUAGGUCUUUCAGCUGUAACUCUGCGUCUAAGACACAAAGUUGGGUUCAAUUUAAUAAAAGUUUUAUUAGUAAUUCUCAAUUUCUGCUUGUUUCUGUUAAUCAAUUGCUUAUACCUGUUGAGCGGCUUAUAAUUAUGUUGUUAAACGAUCUACCUGAUGAUUGCCUUUGGUUGAUCUUCGACUAUUUUUUUGAUUUAGAAGAAUUGAUUAGAUUGUCUCAAGUUUGUUCGAAAUGGUCCAAUUUAAUUUGCAUUAGACUCAAAAGAGUCAAAUAUCUCGACACCAAAAAACCUGAAGAUAACAUUGACUAUUCCAAAAUAUGGAUGACUGAUCCAGUAAAUACUCUUAAACAUCACAAUUUAUCAGAAUUGUUAUCAAAUCUCAGGAUUGUCACUGUAGUUGAUGAGUUCGACAACUAUAAAUUGAAGCCAAGACAUUUCAGAAAAGUGAUCAACAAUAAUCCGAAAAUCAAAGGAGUCAUUGGAUUACAGAACAAGUGUAAGCUCAAUUUGAGACACGUCGAAAUGAUGGCAAUGAGCCAUAUGGUUAACUACAAGAAAGUUUUUCGCUCUGAUCAGUUGAAACAAAUUCAAUUAAAAGGGCUUCAUGUACAUAAUCUUCCUGAAUACGUUGAAUACUUUCCGAAUUUGCAGCGACUCCAUGUUUGUCUACUUGGAGGUGAGCGUUACAAUGGUCCAAAUUUAUCAAAGCUGAAGAUUCUUGAAGCUUAUGUAUCAGGAUUCGGUCAGGAUUGUGACAAAUUCAACGUGAUAGAUUAUUGUCCGUCUUUGGAAAGCGCUUUUAUUUGUGGUACUACAUAUGAGCAAAGAAUUAACAUUUCCAUAAAGAACUACAAUCUAAAAGAUUUGGUGAUUGACAUACCAUUGGUAGAUUACAUGAAUUGGUCAUCUAUCCGAAAACUGUUGACCAAAUUUCCAAAUUUACUCCAUCUCGCGAUCAGAGGAUCUCAAGAUGUUGCAGAUUGUCAUGUCGAAGAAUUGGUUCAACUAUUGCCACAGAUAAAGCUAUUGGAUUUUAGGGAAUCUAAUGGAAUUACUGUUAAAUCAGCUGAUUUCUUAUCUAAAUUCUGUCUCAAAUCUGAUCGAUCCAUCAAAAUCUAUUAUGAUUGUGAAAAUGAACCAGAAGACUGGCCCAAAUACGAUACACCUCAAGAAUCAAUUGUUUACGGAUUCAAUUUCAUGAAACAUUGUUUUUAUAAGUCUUUCCCCUACCUCCCAUUUCUAUUUGAUGAAUUCAUGUUAUUGAACGAUUUACCGGAUGAUUGCCUUUGGUUGAUCUUCGACAACUUCUCGGGUUUAGAAGAUUUGAUUAGAUUGUCUCAAGUUUGUUCGAAAUGGUCCAGUUUAAUUUCAAUAAGAUUCAAAAAAGUCAAAUAUCUCGUCAACAGUGAGCCUAUUGAUCACAUCAACAAUUCCAAAAUAUGGACGAGGGAUCCAAUAGAUACUCUAAAACAUCACAAUUUACGAGAAUUGUUACCAAAUCUCAGGAUUGUCACUGUGGUUGAUUUUCUCCCCAGGCCUCAAUUGAAACCAAGACAUUUCAAAAAAGUGAUCAACAAUAAUCCGAAGAUUAAAGGUUUGAUUGGAUUGAGAAACAAGUGUGCAGUCGAUUUGAAAAAUAUCGAAAUGAUCGCAAUGGAUCAUAUGGAUGAUUACAGAAAAGUCUUUCAACCUGAUCAGUUGAAACAAAUUUACUUUGGGCUUCUUCAUGUAAAUAAACUUCCUGAAUACGUUGAAUACUUUCCGAAUUUAAAGCGAUUCCAUGGGCGUCUCCUUGGAGAGGAGCGUUACAAUGGUCCAAAUUUAUCCAAACUAAAGAUUCUUGAAGCUGUUUUGUCAGGAUUGUAUGAAAAAAAUGACAAGAUCGAUUUAUUAGAUUUUUGCCCGUCUCUGGAAAGUGCUUCAAUUUGUUGUGCUCCAUAUGAUCAACAUAUUGAUCUUUCAAUUAAGAACUACAAUCUAAAAGAUUUAGUUAUUGAAAUACCAUGGGCAAAUAGCAUGAAUUGGUCAUCUAUCCGAAAACUGUUGACCAAAUUUCCAAAUUUACUCCAUCUCGCGAUCAGAGGAUCUGAAGAUGUUGCGGAUUGUCAUGUGGAAGAAUUGGUUCAACUAUUGCUACAGAUAAAACUAUUGGACUUGAGAAGUUGUGAAAAUUUUACUGGAAAAUCAGCUGAUUUCUUAUCUAAAUUCUGUCGCAAAUUCAAUCGAUCAAUCAAAAUCUAUUAUGAUUGUGAAAAUGAACCAGAUGACUGGCCCAAAUACGAUACUCCUCAAGAAUCAAUUGUCUAUGGAUUUGAUUUCAUGAAACAUUGUUUUAAGUCUUUUUCUCGGCUUCCAUUUUUCGACAAAUUACCUGAAAAUUGUCUUUGGAAGAUCUUCGACAAUUUCGAUGAAUUAGAAGAGUUGAUCCAAUUGUCUAAAGUUUGUUCGAAAUGGUCCAAUUUAAUUUCCAUUAGAUUCUCAAAAGUUAAAUAUCUGCUCCACAGUGAUGUUGUUCAUUUUGAUUAUUCCAAAAUAUGGAUAGAGAAAGAGCUAACAUUCAAAUAUAAUCUACGGAAACUGUUGCCAAAUCUCAGGAUUUUAAAUGUCUCUUGUGGUGUUCCAUAUACAUCAAUGAAUUUUAAUGUAUCCCCGCCCGAAGUCCGAGACCACUUUAAAUUCCCACCAGAAUAUUUCCAGGAUGUGGUCAACAAUAAUCCAAAGAUAAAGGGAGUGCUUGGGAUACGCGCUGGUCUCAAUUUGGAUCUAGAAAAUAUCGAGAUGGUCGAAAUGGAUUAUAUGUUGGAUUGUAAAAGAAUCUUUCGACCUGAUCAAUUGAGACAAAUUCGCUUUAAACGCGACUUCUUCUUUGAAUUUCUGCCUAAAUACAUUGAAUAUUUUCCGAAUUUGAAGCGACUCAACAUAACGUUCAAUGGGAAAAAAGUUCUUUAUGCUGGUCCAAAUCUAUGCAAUCUAAAGAUUCUUGAAUUUGCUUCAGACCGAUGGAAUUUAAGUGUUUACGGAUUUCAUUUGAUGAACUUUUGUCCAUCUCUAGAAAGCGCUUUUAUGAGCUGUUCAAAUGGUCUCUAUAGCAUAUCACCAUCUGAACAAAAUGUUAAUCGCUAUACUGAUAUCUCUCUAAAGAACUACAACCUAAGAGAUUUGGUGAUUAAAAAACAUUACGUAGGGAGUGAAUUCGUGACAAAUUACAUAACAUGGCCAUACUUACGAAGACUGUUGUCCAAAUAUCCAAAUUUACAAAAUCUUGCGAUUAGAGGAGGUGACACUAUUGAGGAUAAUCUUGUUGUAGAAUUGGUAAAGUUAUUACCAAAAAUAAAACUGUUGGACUUCAGGGGAUCAAAAAGAGUUACUCAAAAAUCAGCUGAUUUCUUAUCUAAAUUUUGCCUUGAAUCUAAUAGAUCAGUCAAAAUCUAUUAUGAUUGUGAAGAAGAACCAACUGAUUGGCCUAAAUUAAGCACUGCUGGUGAUUCAAUUGUCUAUGGAUUCGACUUCAUGAAGCAUUGUUUUUAUAAAUCUUUUCAUUCUCUUCCGUGCUUAAUUGAUGAAUAAAUUACGAAAAUUUCGAAUCUCGUUAA